CCCUGUCAAGGCUUGAUACCCCAGUGUAGGGGAAUGUCAGGGCGGAGAGGUGAGAGGGAGUGGAAACAGGGCUGGGGUUCGAUAGUGGGUUUCUGGAGGGGAAACCAGGAAACGGGAUAACAUUUAAAAGGUAAAUAAAAAUGCAAUUAAAAAAUAGGAAAAAGCUUUCCUCCGGGGCAGCCAUCUUCCAGUAACUUGCCAAAAUGACGAACACUAAAGGAAAGAGGAGAGGUACUUGGUAUAUGUUCUCGAGACCUUUUAGGAAACAUGGAGUCGUUCCUUUGGCCACAUACAUGCGAAUCUACAAGAAGGGUGAUAUUGUAGACAUCAAGGGAAUGGGCACUGUUCAAAAAGGGAUGCCCCAUGAGUGUUACCAUGGCAAAACUGGAAAAGUCUACAAUGUCACCCAGCAUGCCGUGGGCAUCAUUGUAAACAAACAAGUUAAAGGCAAGAUUCUGGCCAAGAGGAUCAGUGUGUGGAUUGAGCACAUCAAGCACUCAAAGAGCAGAGACGGCUUCCUGAAGCGGGUGAAGGAGAACGAUCAGAAGAAAAAGGAAGCCAAAGAGAAGGGCACCUGGGUUCAGCUGAAACGCCAGCCUGCGCCACCCAGAGAAGCCCACUUUGUGAGGACUAAUGGAAAGGAGCCUGAGCUGCUGGAGCCCAGUCCAUACGGACUCAUGGCCUAAUGUAUACAAAGGAAAUAAAGA